AGCCAGCUUUAUGGCGGUGCACCGAAGUGAUCGGGACUAAGGGAAAGACUUUACUGCCGUAGCUCCUGUCCGUUUCCCCCCACUUCGAACGGAGACUUUAACUGGACAAGCGGGAAGUUUGCGCCGGAUUUACGGGAUUUAAGCCGCCGUGGAGAUUCUCGGUACUUCUUUGUGACACGCUCGGGGCGGCUCGGAGUAUCUGUCCCCACCACCCCUCCUCCUCCGCUGGCUGGCUGCUAGCCUCGGUUACCGCUGAUCAACAUGGUGGCCUGCUGGUGAGGAGAACCCCGGAGCUCCGUGAGGGGGAAUUUUCAGUAACUCCAUCCGCAGCCCGAACCGUUUGCGGCGGCAGACACCAAGGCUCCCGAGACAUUACCUUCCCGGUGGUGGUUUUAUCCGCGUGUUUGUUUGGUUUCUGUGGCCCAAACGGCGGUUUUGUGGUCGUUAAAAGAGCGUGUUCUGUGGACCGUGGGUAAUUGGAGUUAACCUGAAAAAAGUUCCCACCAGACCGCCUGAAAGUUUCCCGACAAGUUUGAAACCACAUCGGAAAACCGUGAAGGAUUAAUUUAAGCAUUUUUAUUUUUAUUUUCUUUAAUGACGGAUGCUGAUGAUUUGGUGAGCAAGUGCAGUCUCCUGGACCACGUCCAUCCUCUGAAAUCCUUCUCAUUUUUAAGAUUCUUUUUCUGUGUAUUAUUAUUCUGGAUUAUGGCAUAAUCCGAACCGCAGCAGGCCUGCUGAUUUGGAAGUAAAGAUCUGUUGUUUUUUUUUUGUUUUGUUUUUUGUUGAUGGUGGUGGUGAUGACAGAGAAAAGCGAUGGUGUCCCUUCCUUAUGAUUCUGCCUAGAGAAGAGUUCAUUACAUGGAGACUCGCCUGACAUGCCGAGGAAGGAGUUGCCACUACCACACGGUUGGGAGGAAGCCAAAGACUUUGAUGGGAAAAUUUACUACAUCAACCACAUUGAACAGUCCACCAGCUGGAUCGACCCUAGAGACAGGCAGACAAAGCCUCUGACAUUCGCUGACUGCAUUGGAGAUGAGCUGCCGGUGGGCUGGGAGGAAGCUUACGACCCCGUCGUCGGAUCGUACUAUGUCGACCACAACACCAAGCGGACCCAGCUGGAGGACCCACGGGCCCAGUGGCAGCGGGAGCAGGAGGCCAUGCUCCGAGACUAUCUGGCCGUGGCCCGGGAUGCGCUCAGCGCCCAGAAGGAGAUCUACCAGGUGAAGGAGCAACGGCUGCAGCUGGCGCAGCAGGAGUACCGGCAGCUCAACGACGCCUGGAGGGACAAGUCCACGUCACAGACAAGCCUAAAUUCCAGGUCGUCCUCAUCCAGCAAAUAUGACCCAGAUAUUCUCAAAGCGGAAAUCGCCACAGCCAAAAGUCGAGUGAACAAGCUGAAGCGGGACUUGGCCUGUAUGAAGCAGGAGCUGCAGUACAAAGAGCAAGGCUUCGAGACGCUCAUAGAGAUUAACCAGAAAGUAUCCAACAGCCCAUCCGGUUACAAGCUGCAGGACGCGCAGGCCAUCCUCAACGAGGUCCGCUCCAUUCGAGACGCCAUCAGCUCCGGGGAAAAGGAGAAGCAGGAGCUCAUGCAGAAACUGGCCGUGUUGAAGGACGGCUUCCGGCUGAAUUCUGGCUCCCAACAGGAGCUGUGGGGCAGCAGUCCGUCGCUCUCCAACUCUGAGACGUCCAUCCCUCGCCUCUACUCCGACGUCGGAUCCCAAACCGACCUCCCAGCUGAGUUUACGACCAGCAGCAACAAACUGGCAGAGAAAGUUCGUCUGAGCCUGAAGUAUGAUGAGGCAAAGAGAAGGAUCGCCAGCAUUGAGGUACAGAUUGCCAAACUGGACAGCGAGGCGUGGCCGGGGCUGCUGGACCCGGAGCGGGACCGCCUCAUCCUCAUCAACGAGAAGGAGGAGCUGCUGAAGGAGCUGCAGUACGUCAGCCCACGGAAGCGGCUGGAGCCCAACGAUGCUGAGAAGCUAGAGACGGAGAAGAAACGCCUGGAGAGAGACCUGCAGGCUGCCAGAGACAACCAGAGCAAGGCGCUGUCUGAGAGGCUGCGACUCCACUGCAAGAGGAGCGAGUUGGUGCGGGAGCUGGAGGAGACGGUUCGACUGGCCACGUCUCUGCAGACGGAGCUGAGGAGCCUGUCGGCCAGCACUCUGUCCUGUUCGUCCGGCAGCAGCCGCGGCUCGCUGGCAUCCAGCCGCGGCUCGCUGGCCACAACAUCCAGCCUUGGCUCCGCCUCCUCCCUCAGCUUCACCGAUCUCUACCUGGAGCAGCCCGAGCUAGCCGACCCGGACCUGUGCAGCAAGCUGGACAGCCUCCUGCAGGACGGCGGCCCGGUCGGCUACCGGCCCUCCAGCUCCAUCACCACCAUCCACGAGCAUGAGGUGGUGACGGGCUGUGGCCAGCGCGGCGCUGAGCGGUCUGAUGACGCCGGGCCUGGCGGCGCCGAGUCUUCCCGGGUCCAGGUCCUCAGGCUGUCCGAAACGCCGCGUUCCAUGAACUCGUUGUCUCCGCGCUCAUCUCUGUCGUCGCUGUCGCCGCCGUGCUCGCCGCUGGUUUCGGACACCACGUUCCUUUCGGGGGAGGCGGGGUCCGGCGGGGUUGGGCUGGACCUGGAGCUGCGCAGCAGGCUGACAGAGCUGGAGCUGGAUCCCGAGGAGCAGCGGAGAGAACAGCUGGAGGACAAGCAGAACCUGAACAAUGUCCUCGGAGACGAGUGCAAAGGUGCUCAGAUUCAAGGGGCGGGGCCAAAGAAGAUGGGCGUGACCUCAGCUGUAUCUGAUGAGUCAGUGGCCGGUGAUAGUGGAGUUUAUGAACCAUCAGAACGCAAGCCAGGCCUCCCUACAGAACUCCUCCUGAGCUCCUAUGAGGACCGGUCUGCGUCUGGCUGCUCCCAGGUCCAGCUCGGCUUCCGCUACGAAUCCAGAGACCAACGCUUCAUUGUCUAUAUCAUGCAGCUGUCCAACUGCAGUGCCCUCUUUCUGCCGGCUGAUCAGAAAAUGCACGUCCGCAUGGCGGUGCUGCCGCCCGUUCAGGCCACCCACUGCCUCUUCCGAACACGAGGCCUGCUCCCUCAGGACGUGGUGGCCAUCAACGAGGUGUUCGGCAUGCAGACGUCACACAACGGAUUGCGGCAGAAGACCCUCAGGGUUGACAUCUGUAACACCAGCAAGUCAGGCCAUGAGGAGUGUCUGGCUGGAGCCCAGAUCAGCCUGGCUGAUGUCAGCUGUUCACAGGAGCGACACACCAAGUGGUACAACCUGCUGAGUUGCCUCCACAUGUCUGAGAUUAACAACAAGGACAAGGAAACAAGAGCACAGGGCAGCUCUGGCAGGGCACACGAAGGAGUCCAGCCUCCUGAGACUGAGUGGCAAGGUGAUCCUCUUGAGGCAGACAUGUCUAAUGAAGAGGCAGAAGAAAAUGAUGAGGAGGGUGUGGAAACUGAAGAUGAAGAGGAAGAGUUUUACCCUGACAACAGUCAAUGGGUUGGAGAGAAAGAGGAGAAUGAAGAGGAGCAGAAGGUGGCCAAAUCCACUCCGACGGCACCCAUCACUGAGAAGGUCAACAAAGAGACAAGCAUUGACAAUUUGUCAGCAUGGUCGGUGGUUCGACCCAAGGAGCGCCGUCCUGACUUCCACCAGCAGAUCCCCUUUAUGAGGGGCAACACCAUCAUCCGCUCCAAGACUUUCUCCCCUGGACCUCAGAGCCAGUACAUUUGCAGGAUUAAUCGGAGCGACAGCGACAGCUCCACACUCUCCAAGAAGUCUCCAUUUGUCAGAAAUGCCUCAGAAAGACGCAGCAUGCGCAUGAAAAGGCCUCCAGUGCAGGUGAAAGGUCUGGAUGGUCUCCUCCGCACUUCCCUGGACCUGGAGCUGGACCUACAGGUAUCCCGGACACGGCAGGCCCGACUGACCCAGGAGCUGCGAGUUCUGCGGGAGCUGAAGAUCCAGCUGGAGAAGGCAAGGCAGCAGGGACAGAGGGAGCUGCCUGCCUGGAUCCAAGAGGACGAACGCUUCCGUCUGCUCCUCAAACAGGCUGAGAAACAGACUCGAGAGGAGCAGCUGCAGGAGAAACGGGUAGAGAAGAUGAUGAAAGCAGCAGCCAAGGAAGUCCACAAGAUCAGAGGACAGAGUGGAAAGGAGCUCUCUGAGGUCCAGACCUUUAGAGAGAAGAUUGCGUUUUUGACGCGAGCAAAGACCAGCAUCCCCAACCUGCCGGCCGAUGACGUGUAGAGAAGCAUUUCAAAGUAUCUUUCCCCUCUGACCCUGUUGCUCCCUCGCUGCAGGGCGAACUCUCGCUGGUGUCGUAAAGAGUUAAGAACAUAUUGGACACAAAAAAAGACCACUCGAAGCGGUGAAGAAACACAUUUUAAAGCAGCUCAGCACUUCUCAUGUGGGUAGUCUGUACAUGUAAGAUGGCUCUCUGGAGCUCCUCCAUCUUCAUUUGCUGUUUUGUUUCUGUUACUAACCAGCUAGUUUUAGUUGUUUCAAGUCAUUCCAGCAAAAAAUCUGACUUUUAUACUAAACUUACACAGAUAAUGUACAUAAGUGGCGCAAAAUUAAAUCAACAAUGGUACUAGAGUUCAGAUUACGCUGAUGACGAAUCAAAACAAAUCUGAAAAAUAUUUAAUAUUCACACUUUAUUUUUAGAGCAUUUAGAAAAUUGUAUAUGCAAACACACAAGCACAGUGUUUCUUUUGAUGUUUUUAUGUUUUUGCUGCAGACGUGAAGAAAACAUCUGUGUAUGAGUUUAAAAGCCUUCUGCUUGUUAAAGUUGGUGCAUCUUGUUUUUGCUAAAUUGUCCCCAAAACUACAACUCCCAAGGUGCAUUUCAGCAAAAAAUAUCCUGGCGCAGGAUCUAAAGUUUCUGUUAAGUAGCAUGAAGCUAACAACAUUUUAACGGUUGUUUGGUGUUUGUGAACUCCUGAUAGUUUGUUUUAAGAGUUGUUGCUAAGAGGGAUCCAAUUUUAGGUAUCAGAAGAGAUUUUUCUCAUUGAAUUCAGUUAAGGCCUGAAUAUUGUUUUUGUUUUUCUAUGAUAACUUUUAUAAACAUAAAAUUUUUCAAAAAGAUACAGCUCCUAACACGUAGGUGCUGCAUUCGUCUUUGGGCAAAAGAGAGGUGGUGAUUUUAUUGGCAAAAAUUACUUAGGACAUUAUUUUAGGAAUGUGACAAUAUUCAUUCAGACUUUUAAAGUUAAAACAAUUAAAUCAAAAUUUGAACAUGGGUUCUGUAAAAUAUUCAGUGAGAGCAACAGGUUUCUCUAAUUUAGAAAUCCCAAAUUAUGGAAGUAGACUUGAUGAAUCCUCAAACACCUGCAUUUACCACAUUUGUCCACAGGUGUCACCAAAUCAUAUGAAUUAAAACUCAUUUCUUCAGUAGGAUCUGCCAUUUUAACUUAAAACAAGCAGCAUUUAAGAUGAUUGUAGAACAUUACGCACCAACUCAGAGAGGAAAACCAGAGGCAUACUCUUUGAAAAACAAGCAUUUUGUCAGUCCAAUUAUCUCUAACCAGCUCAGCAAAAUGUAGAAUCGACACUAACUCACUAACACUCAGGUAGUUUAUUGGAUAGUCUGCACUUUAUAAAACUUUAGGAGAAAAAAACCACAAAAGGAACCUUGAUCUGAGGUUUUCUAGAAGCCUCUCCUUCAUGCUGGAUGAUUAUUGAUUGUUGAAACAUGCAGGAAAUGAAGAUCAAAAUGUAUUUUUGAUGACUGUGAAUUCCUACUGAUUGUAUGUUUGUUCACAAGAGAAAAAAAUCUUCCAGUCAGCCCAUAGAGACAUAAAGGUUUCUCUGCAAUGCAAGCACAGAGACUCCUUGUUUCUUUCUGACUGAUUUUGUUUUGGUCCCGUUUUAUCAGUCUUAACUUUCGGCUUCAUCCUGCCAUGUUUCCCUACUAUAACUGGAGUAUUUAUGUACAUAUCACUCUGAUGUGUUUUAUAACUGGAAGUAAAAAUGCUUUGCACCAAUACAAUAAACAUAUCACCUUUUUAUUUUUUUCUGGCCCCAACAGAGUUUUAAAUGAACCAUUAAACACCUCUUUGCUGCAGCUCUUUCAGCUUGUUUAGGUUUUACAGCCCAUGCCGUUACAGUUUUUGAUCUUUUCAUUGGUUGCCUGUUUUACUGUUUACACAAAAAUUAAAGGCAUAAUUAAAGAUGUUUUUUUUUGUUGUUGUUGUUGUUGUUAUUGUGGGGUUCUUCAGAGUAGUUAUCGGUAAUGACUGAUGGCUUUUUUUUCUGCAGAAGGCAAAAACUUAGCUGAAGUGUUUGAGGAAAGAUUCUCAUGCUUCAUCCAAUUGAAUGGAUGGAUUAAUGAAUGGCAGAAUGACUGAUUUAAUUAUAAUGUAUUUGAAAGGGACAUGCACAUUAAUUAACAUUUGCAACAGGUACAGAUGCAAAUAUACCAGAUUUAGUAGAAUUUUCCAGAUUUUUGUCUGUUAUCCCUGAGCAGGUAACAUUUUACAAAUACAGUUAAAAUGUUUUUUCAUGUACAUAAUGAAGAGUCAAAUGAUGCAGUAGCAUAAAGUAAAUGGUAUAAAAUGGUUGGUGCUGAGUGCAUUGCAGUUUGAUUGGAUGGAUAGUAAAUUGAUUGACGGACGGAUGGAUCAGCCAGAAAACUGCAAUCGGUGUACUCCUAUAAAUUUGGUAGAUGGAUGCUAAAUUGGAUGGAUGGAUGAAUGGUCGGUUGGAUGGAGAUAUAUUGGAUGGUUGAAUUGUAAAUUGACUGAUUGGAUUGAUGGGUGGUGAAUUCAGUUAGGGUCCUAUCCUGAAUAGACAUGAUCUUGAGAUUUUCUCUUUUUUAGAAGCUCAUUUCAGUUAAGUCGUUCUGCAGAUCCUGAACCUAUAACUGCUCUAUAGAUCCUUCCUUUAACCAACUACAGCUUUCUCUCCAGCAGAGGAGCAACCUAAAAAAUGACCACCGAGAA